AUGGGUAAAAAAGACGAUCUUCAGGAUAUUUUAAACCAGUUUGAACAACAUUCGGCGGAUUCGAAAAAGACAGAAUUGGAUUAUUUGAAAGAUGCCGCACAAAUUGUUUCACAAAUUUCAGCGGAGAGUUUACCAAGUUUAUUGAGAGCGGUAAGAUUUUAUUAUAAUACUUGUGAUAUCGAAAAAAAAAUUCAGACAUCGAGUUUGACAUUGAAAUAUUUGUCAUUGUUGGUGAAAUGUUUCGAUCAUCAAGAUGCGAGUAUUCGAUUGUUUGCGGAGCAAAGCUACGAUCAAGUUAUGAAAAAAUUGAUUAUUUCGAGGAACACAGAGCUUGCCUUACGGAUAACGAUCGGAAAUUUUCAAAAGACAACAUCUGCUCGAGGAAUUGUCUCGUUGAUCUCAAAAAUCGAAUAUUUUCUAAACAUCAUCCCAAAUUCAAAACGCGGACAAAAUCAGAAAUUCGACUACUUAUCCGAUACCAUUGCCAAUCGUGUUCUGCGAAUUCUUUCGAGACCAGAACAUAUUGUACAAAAAGCUAUAUAUACUCAUUUUCACAAUAUAUUCACAAAAUUAUCACCGGAUAUGUUUAUACUUUAUGAGAUCAAGAAGACUUCAACGCAAUUGUUGUUUGAUACAAAAGGAGCGACAGCUAGAACUAUUUCCGAAGUUUUGUUCACGUUGUGCACUUUGAAACGUGAAUGGACGAAUGAGGUUAGUUUUUUUUUUUGAAUAAUGAAUAAACGAAAAAUUAAGAUAGAAAAAUUUUUUUUUUUCAAAGAUGAACCUGAAAAAUCCAUUUCCAAAUCGUCAAUUUUAUUCCAGAUGUUCAAAUUAUCAUUGGAGCAUAUCAUAACAUUUUAUCAAUCGGGUGACAAACCGUCAAUUGGCGCAUUAUUAUGUUUGAAAAAAUUACUGGUUUACUUUGACAUAGACAAUAAUUUAGAUUAUAUGAAAAAAGUAAGCAUUUCCAUAUUAUACUUUUAAAAAUCUGAUUAUUCAGGCUAUUGAAAUCCUCCUUAUUCUUGUUGCAAAUGGCCCAAAUGAUAUAUCAUUUGAAGCUUUUGCUGUGCUAGAAGAACUGAUUAAAUUUAUUCCAAGGUUAGUUUUUAUCUCCAUUUGUUCUAAUUAUAGAUAAAAGUAUGAUUUCUAGCUCAAUCUGUGAUUUUUUGCCAUACGAUUUCAUCACUAAUGGUAGUCAGAGUAAUCGAAGCUCUUCCGAUGAAGAACUUAUCUCAACUCCAGUAAAAGAGGUUUGAAUACAAAUUUGAGAGAAGAUUUGAUAAAAAAUAACGAAUAACAAUUUUCAGACUCAACCAGAUGUUGAUGAAAUUAUCGAUCCGCUACUCAACCCUGUUUUAUACGAAGAGAUUCAACAAAACAGUGCUAGUCCAGCUAUCAGUGUUUGUUUAGAACUUCCUAGUCAUGAUACGAUGUUAAAAGGUAGAGUAUUUUUUCUGAAUUUAAUUUCUAAAACAACUGUUGAAUUUUCAGAUGAGCUUGUUAAUGUAUAUAAAUAUAUAGCUGCAUUUUUAUGCAAAACAUUUCUUCUGACGGGUAUAACUGGAUCUCUGAAAAGUGAUAACGAAUCAAAAGACAGUAAGAAGAUAUUAGCAGUUCAAUGUUUGAUUGUGAUUGCGAAAAUUGAGAAUAUCUCGGGUCUUGAUGUGCUUUUUGGUAAGCUCAUAACACUUUCUAAAGAAAAUUAACAUUUUUUCAGAUAAGCGUAGUCAGAAAAUUGAGGAUUUGGUUGAGUUUUUCGGUCAUCACGAUGAAUCGCUUGCUUCAAAAUCAAUCAAUCUCAUAUCGAUUUUGAUGUCUCAUAUGGAGUCACAGAAUGGUUUAUUCAAUUCUCAAAUUUCACAAGUAUUAUCACAGACAAGGCAGAAUUCAUUGAGAAAACGAACACUUUUGGAAGCUUUUUCGAAUGAGAAAAUUAGGAAUAUUUAUCAAUCUGAUGUUUUUCCACAAUUAUUGGAUGUUGCUCGAGAGAUGUGCAAAUCUGAAAACUCAUCUGAACAGGUAUUUUUCCUUCAAGAUCUCCUGAAAUAAAUAGCUUUCUUCAGAUUUGUGGAUCGUCUUUUAUCUCGAGUUUGAGUUUGGUUCCAUUUGAGAAAAUCAAGUACAUGAUCCAAUGUGGUGCUUCAGUUCAAAAUGAUUUUUUGACUUUGAUGACUUCUGGAAUCUUACCGCAAAACUCAAGCUAUUUUGAGCAUGUCAAAAGGUAUUUUUCUGUGAAAACAAAACACAUAAGUCUUAAAAAUAUAAUUUUUCAGUGUUUUCGGAGUAUCGUCAUCAAAAGUUCAGAGUUAUCCUCCCUCAAAAAUUCAGCUAGUUUUAAACUUUGACCCGAAUCUUACAUUGUCACCUGGAUUAUCACAUCAACAAUCACUUGAAUAUGGGUACUUUAUAAGUGUAAUGGAUAUGUUGACUAAUUCAGAUUCAUCUACUAUUGUGAGUUUUCCUUCUGAUUUUGAAAUCAUCAAAACUUCAAAGUUUCAGUCUAAUAUCAUUCAAGUUUGUCAAAGUAUGAUCAAUGAGACUCAAUAUGCUGUUGAGAUAUUAAUUUCAAUUGAACGAAUAAUUGCUCAUCUCAACUCGGGAGAAUACAAAAAACAUGUUGUUAUUUGUUUUCUUCAAGUUUUAACAAAAACAUGUCAAGGUAUCCAAAUUCUUAAAUAACAAUUAGAAAAAUCAUGUUUUCAGAACGAUGUAUGAAUCUUUUUAUGAAUGCAAGACUGACAGAUUGUCGGGAAACAUCUUACGAAGUUAUGCUUGUUGCGUUAAGGUAUUUCUAUUUUUUGAAAAUGAUUGAGAGUUUUGGUUUUUUACAGAUGUUUGGAUAUGAUUUAUAAACUAACAUUUGAAAAACGACCAGACAAGAAAACUUUGGAGAAUUUGGAUGCAAGAGUUGUAAAAGUUCAGAAUCUUUUUGUGCCCGCAAAACCAAAUGAAACUGGAACAUCAUUUCCAAGACAAGCUGAUAUCAAUUUCACGCAAUGUGAAAGUUUGAAUCACUUGUAUCAUGAUUUACAAGGGUCCUAUAUUAAUUAUUGCGUGAGUUUUUGUUAAACAAUUAGACUGAUCCAUAUUCAUCAUUUUACAGAGUUCCUUGAAUUUAGCUACCGAUCAAAAGCUCUACGAAUUCAUUGAAGCUUGCACAAAUCUAUGUUGUGCUGCGUUUGAAUUUAUCACAAUUGAUGAUUUCAAUUUUUUUGAAGACACUAUUUUUUAUCUAAAGGUACAUGAAUGCAGAAUAUGGAAAUGAUUUAUCUAGAAUUCAAAACUCUAUAUUUUUCAGAAACUCAUUGAUAUUGCACCUUCUGAAACACUACACAUUAUGCAUCAAUUAGUCAAACUUCUAUUUAAAAAAAAUCUGAUCUCAAUGGAACGCAACCUGAUCAUGGAAAAUGGGAGAUUUGCUGAGAAUUUAAUGGAAGAAUCGAUCUUGAAACAGUUUGAUUUAUUGACAAAGGAUUCGGAAUAUUCCAACAAAAUAAUAAAUUUCUCAAUGGGUUGGCUUGCUCCAAAUGUUAUCACCUCAAAAACACAAGCAAAUACAAAUAUUGAAGCGGCGUUAACACAGAUGGAAGAUCUUAUAACAGUUAUGAUAAGAGUUUUUAGAUGUCGUGGAGCGGCAGAGAAAAAACAGGUAGGACAAUUUUUCAUUUGAAAAAAAAUUAUGAAAAAACAAAUUUCAGGUUAUCUUGGUGAUGAUUGAACUUAUCCGCGUGGGUAUUCGAUAUGACAUGGCGGAUCCCAAUCAUGUUAUUUUGGAUGAAAUUUUGAAACAGUUAUCAACACCGCAGGAUUGUACGUCUCCCGAGUUGCUUCCACUGGUUAGAUCUUUUAACGUUUUUUUUUCAAAUUGUAGAGUUCAUUUUUUCAGAUGGUUGAAUGUUUGAUAAUUAUCAAUCGAAUUUCGCAAAAACAUGAUUUGGUGAAAUUUGGAGUUUUGUUAAUUCAAUGUGUUGCAGUCAAUCAAUCCGAAGCAAUGAAACAUGUUAUUUUCGCUGCAAAUAUACUUCUGAUGGAAUCAAUAAAUCUUUCAAAAGAUAUCAAUGAGUUAAUCGAAGUUUUAAGUCAACAUUUGAAGAUAUGUUUGAAAUUUGCUCCAGAGCAAACACUGUAUACAUGGUUCUUGAUAUUCAGUUCAUCGCAACCAGAAAAAAUGUGAGUUUAAGAUAAAAUAUUACUUUUAUUGAUUUAUGUGAUUAUUUUCAGCGCUGAUACAUCAAUUGUCUUUUUGACAACAUAUUUGGAGUGGAUGCUGGACAAGGAUUCAACCCUUAAUUUUAAAAGUUUAUUGUUUCCACUACUGAAAAUACCUGAAGCUGCAUUCGAUCAUUUUGAUAAAAUUUUUAAAGCAUUCCAACAAAUUGAACUGGUCAGUUUUCUUAAAAUAAUUAUUCUCAAAUGAAAAAUUUAGCUUUCUUUUUUUUACAGUGUUCACUCAAAGCUGGUGCACUUCUUUGUGCAAUUGUCAGUAGGAUUCCAGAACUUGUGUUGUCUUCAAAAUUACGUGAUCUUGGGACGGAUUCUAGUAACUGGUUACAGAAAAAUUAUGAACUGAACUUGUCUCAAUCAUACAAAGCAAAACCAAUGUUUCAAGAAUUUUUCAGUUUCCAUUUUUUGAAAAGUAAGUUAAAAAGAUUGAACACUGCAAACUAUCUGUUGUUCUUUAGAUUAUAAAACACUGGAAAUUGAGCAUGAUGGUUCUCCAAAACUUGAAGAACAACCAAAGUUCCAAUUUAUUGUGAAAUCAACAGUUAAGAGAUCAAAGUGAGUAUUCUGUCUAUUAUUUUAUACACACAUCUCAUGUAUAUUUUUAUUUUUCAGAUCAUUCGAUAAGAGAACGAUUGAAAUUGAGGAUUUGAUUUGUGAAAUGACAAAAUCAGCCAAUCACAUUGAUUUUGCGACGAGUCUUUUAGUUGAAUGUGAAAUUGAACAACAAUGGGCAAUUUGUCAAAAGCUGGAUAAAAUAUUCCCAUCCGAUGUUUUUUGGAAACAUCUUAUGAGAGAAUAUAGAUUCCAAAUUAUGAGCCUUGAUGCAAAAUCUGCACCAGACGCACAAUAUUUGAUUACAAAAUGUCAAGAACUUAUUGACUUGUGUAUUGAGAACUGUUAUUCAGUCGGAGAUUAUAGCAUGCUGUUGAAAGUUUUAGCGAACUGCAAAGAUAUUCGACUUGACUUGACUGCUGUUACAGUUACUGAACUCAACAAAAUUCUAUCGUUUGUUACGUCAAAAAAAUCCAAUAAUAUUUCGGUGAGUUUCACCAUGAGUAAUUAUUUUCAUAUGUUCUUUUUUUCAGACUGGUUAUGUUUACCGAGGUCUCAACACCUUGUUAUCAGAACAUUCUAUAAUAUCAAUGGUACAGCAAGAAUCUUGGAAAUGUUUGGAUUCAUAUCUAGAUUUAUUGAGCUUCAUUGUUGGUUCUGAUGAAGAUGAACACACUGUGAAUUCUCUUUUUAGACAUUUCAAAAUUGAUAUUAGUGAUCUAAUUGAGUCGAAAGAGAUAAUAAAAAUACAUAAUCAAAUAUCUCGAUGUUGGUCAAUCUCACAAAAAUCAAGUAUGAAUCGUUCUAAUAUAUCGAAUGAUGAAAUUCGUCAAACUCGUGAUAUUCUGCUUCGACAUCCUUUGAUCUACCCAAUAUUUUUCAUAUCAAUUCCUGCGAUUGAGUAAGUCAAAAUUAAUGAUGGAUUUUUUCAUAAACCUUGACAUGUUGUUUAGAAAUCAAUGGAAACCAUCAAUAACUGUAACAGAAAACAAAGAAUUGUCAGUUCCAUUACCAAAAGUGCACAGUCUUUGUUACACUGAUGUUUUAACUGACAUCAAAAACAAACUUCUACAGUAAGUUCAAUUUCCAAAUUUCAAAUCCUAGCAUCAAAUUUGUCAAUUCCAGAGUCGGAUGGUUAAACAAACCACAAUUUGAGGAUAUUUGCGUUAGUUUAUUGGGAGUUCUUUCAACAACACCGACUGGAGAAGAGAUAUCAGACACUCCAAGAAGUGUGAGUAUAUUAAUUUAUUAAUAUUUAUCAAAUGAAAAAUUGAUUUUUUUCAGGAACUUCUUGAGAGAAUUGAUUAUUGUGCAAUGGCUGUUGAUAUAUUCACAUUUAUUUUGUUACAAACUCUGACAUUUCCAAACAAUGGUGAUCCAGCUUCGAAUUAUGUUUUGAAAAUGAGAGAAAAAUCUGAUCCAUUUUUCUCAUCGAAUGAAGCCGUUGAAUUGUCGAUUUUGAAAUGUGUAAAGAAUGGAAUUCCAAAACAUGCAUUCAAUCAAAAUAUUGAGCGAUAUUCAGACAGUAAUGUGAGUGUUGUAACUGACGGUUGCAAAGUUGAUAUUAAUUAUAAUGAUUUCAGGGUGAUGGAACAACCAAAUCUUUUGGAGUUGGACAAAUAUCCGUUUUAUCGCUGUGGACAAUUUGUGGAGCUGUUCCUCAAGAUAAUGGGAAUAAUAUAAUUGAACAAGCCAAUGUAAGUGAAUUGUCGGAAAUCGAUGAUAAAUCAAUACAUUUCAGAGAAUUCGCCCUUCACUUUCACAACAUUUGCUAAAUACAACUAGCGAUUUGGAUACCGUUUCGAAUGUUCGAAGUCUGUUGGGUAUUUUCUCUCAUUGGUUUUCACAUGGCAUAGAUCAACUUCCUGAUCAACUUCUAGAAUCUGUUAUAAGAUCGGUAAGAUUUUUAAUGUCGAACUCAUUUUCUUCAAAUUUAAUUCGCAGAUGCUCUAUUUGUCUGACUUUUUUGAUGACCAAUCAACAUAUGAAUUCAUGUAUCAACAAAUGAAAAUAAUUCACGAUCGUGGAAUGACUUAUGAUAUGGAAGUUGAAGAAAUGGUUAGAUGUAUGCUUUUAAAAUCAGUCGCUGUUCUUGGAAUUGAACAUAUUGAACCAAAAAUGGAACUGGCGGAAAAGAAAAAUAUGAUCAUGUCAUGGGUGGCUGAUUUUGAAUAUGAAAGGAAUAAUAUGUUUAUUCUUGGUGGGAUUUCAUAUUUGCUUCAAUCAUUUUCACUUGAUUCACUCAAAGAUGUGAUAAAUGAACUUACUGGUGUUUUUGUUGCGGAGUUGAAAAACAGGAAUGCAGUUUAUCAAAAUCUCAAUUAUUAUCUAGCGGUAGCUACGCAAAUCUUAGAACAACCGAACUGCAAUGAUAUUUCAAUAGAGCUCUUAUUGGUGAGUAAAUUUUUUAACUGUUUGAAAGAAAAUACUAGUGAACAAAUUUUUAGCAACUUAUUGAUCUUUUGAUUGAUACCAAACUCGAUUUUUCAAAUCAAACAAUAUUGACUAUCACUGAAACAAUGGUGCAAUUAAUAUGUCAUUCUGUUAUAUAUGUUGAACCAAUUAUCACAAAAUGUCAUCGUGAGUGUUUAUUUUUAUGUUCAAGUUUAGGAAAUUGAAAAAAAUAUUUCAGGACUCAUUGCAAACUCAAAAGACAACAAUGUUUUGAAUAAACAAAAAGGAACGUCGAUGCUUAAAAUCUACCAAGCUGCAAUUUUAAGAAGUUAGUCUAACUCUUUUUCAAAUGUUUGCUCCCAGUUUUAUCAGAAAUGUUUAUUUUAGGCGCUGCAGCUGAUGUUCGACAUAUGGAAAUUUUGAAAGAUGGAUUCGCAGAUUUAUUAUAUUUGUAGGUUUCAAUUCCGUUAGUUAGGCAAAUUUCUUCAAUUUUUUUAGGUUCUGCAAUAAUUUGGUUGAUCCGUCCGAGCAAAUAAUGAAAUCUCUUCCAAUUUUACUUGUCACAAUUGAAGGAUGUGAUGGAAGUGUUAUGAAAAUUCUAGAUUUUAUAUUUGAAUCUACAAAUUAUUCAGAUAUUUCCAAAUAUUUAUUAAUUCUUAAUGAGGUAUUGAUUCUUAAUAAGGCGUAUUUUAGAUUCAAAUGGAAUUUUUCUAUUUCAGAUUUAUCUGUUAUCGAGGCGAAACAAAUCAUGGGGAAGACUUCUUCGCGCCAAAAAUGAGGUUAUCAAUGCACGCCUAAUUGAAAUCAAAAUCAAAUCAAACUUAAUUUAUUGCAUUAUCAAAUUGACCAUUCAAAAUCCUAUACGGUAUGUUUUCUUCACCCCUUCAAAUUCAUUUAAAAAUUGUGGUUUUUGUUUCAGAGUACCCGCCUUAUUACCGAUUGAUGAAAAUACCAAACUGGACUUAAACUGGGUUAAUGAAUAG